UUUAAAUGUUGAUCUCUUUUCUCUCGUCUAUACAUUGUUGACAAUCACAAUCACCAUCGAAUCAAUCAGACAAAUCAUAUUAUAUUUGAUUAUCAGCGCUUUGUUCAAUCAUUUAUCAAUCAAUUUUCGUUGCUAACCAUAUUGGACUUGGACGGAUUAUCUUACAAAUUUUCGAAAGAGAGAGAGAGAGAGAAAAAAAAAACAACAAGCAAUCAUGUCGUUUUUGCAAUCAUACAUUAAUAUUCCAAAAGAUUUAUUAUACAAUUGUUUUUCUUAUCUAAAUUAUUCAAGUCAAAAAAUGGCAACACAAUCCGCACCGACACCUAAAUUAAAUUUUCAAUUAAUUGCUCAACAAUAUUCUGCAUCACCAUGGAUUAAAAUUGCUGCAAUUUGUGGUGCUUCAGCCGUUGUUCUUGGUGCAUAUGGAGCACAUGGUCUGUAUUUCUUUUCGUUUUUUUUAUGUGGAAAAUUUAAUCUUCAACCGAAACCAAUUUUAUUAACUUUUUUUAAAGGAUUAAAAAAAUCGGACAAACGAGCCAUUUUUGAAACAGCUAAUCGUUAUCAUUUUUAUCAUUCAUUAGCAUUGUUGGCAACUCCUUUUGUACAUCGACCAAAUUUGGUUGGUGGAUUAUUUCUUGGCGGUAUGAUGAUAUUUUCUGGAACAUGUUAUUGUAAUGCUAUUACUGGUAAUGAAAUGGUUGUACGAUUUACACCAUUCGGUGGUAUGAUGUUCAUUUUGGGUUGGUUGGCCAUGUUUAUUUAGUUUCAAUUUACAAAUUUUUCUAAAUUUCUCAAAUAUUAUUCAUUCUUUUUUUUUUUUUGUUUAAUUUGAAUAAAUCUACUCUUUUUUUUCG